UUUUCCUGGCCAGACUCUCCUGGGCUGUCAAAAAUGCACCAAAAUCUCUCCAUUGGCGCGUAGUUUCAAUGCUAUCUCCCUCAUCCACCCGUCAGAUGACAUGCGUCUCCUUUUCCCACUCAACUCCAGUGCUGAUGCCCUUGCGAAGAUCAAUCGCAUCAUAGCUGUUGAGUCCCACCCACUUGCAGCUAAAGGGAUCCAUCCGGAACACGUUCAUACCGCCAGGUAUAUGCUGUCUGUCGAUGUAAACGGUCCGAACAGUUUGAAGCCUGGGGGUAUUGAGUCACGACCAAGGCAGUUCGGAGAAUUUUUCUGCCUUGUUCAUGGGCCAUGA